ACACACUAUGUAUAGUCAAAAUCAUUUCUCUUAUAUCACACACUCGCAUAAUACUCCUACACAAGGAAAACAAUUACACGAAGAAUGGAAAUAAUUUCAAGUGCUCUUGAUGGCACCUUGAACAGAGCAUGGAAGAGGAGGAGGUACCAGCGGUUUGAUGGCGGUUACAGAAGAAACACAAACAGCGUCACCUUCGGAGGAGGAAACCGCCGGUUUUGGAAAAUUAAAGCCAUUCCAAAGUUGCGAUGGAAGAAAGCUUCACCAAUCAGACUUUGGAUCAAGUUUAAGAACGCUUAUGUGAAGAUGAUGCUCCGAUUAGGUGGAAGUGACAACGUUUUUGACUCUAAGAAAGCUCCGAAGACUCUUCUGAUUUCAGGUAGUUAUUCGUCUGAAGAAUUUCAGAGGAGAUUGAUUUACGAAAUCUCGAAGAACUUUUUCACUUCUCGUGAAUUGGCAACAAUAUAAAAUAACAAGAGUUAUGAUAUGAUGACCGACGAUGUAAAUUUUUUGCCUUUAAAAUGCUAAUAAUCAUUAAAAUGUUGUAUUUUAUUUUGUAAUAUCAUAAACGUUUUGAUUAUGUCAUUUAUCUCUAUCCUUCAA